AUCGGGCCCGGGCGUCGCGGCGCGCGCAGGAUAUAGGAGCGACUACGUACACAAUACACACAACUGAAAAGUAAUAUUGCCAGUGGAACGCGUGAAUGAAUCGUCAGACCCUAUGUGACUACUACAUUUUCAAGAUGAUGUUCGACUCAAAUUCUUGUCCAGCCCAGUUGAUAAUGAUCUACAAGGGCUGCAGUGGUCACUACCGUGACUUCUGCGACGAACUAGCAUCGUUUUUCCCGCUGUGACAGCGACAGAAGACCGGCUGAAUUGUCGGAACUUUUUGGGUCGUGUAUAUAUUUUUGUAAUUUUUUGUCUUCAUCUUUGCGUGGAGAGUGCCUCACUUUCUUCAUGUUUACUCCGCCAAAAGUCGGCUUAAGAUUUUCCACACAUCUUCAGUGAAUCCUCUCACAACAGAUGAGCAAGAGUGCUUCUUUCCUAGACCAAAUAACAUCGGGGGAUUGGAAAAACAUGGAGUUGUUUAGUUCGCCCAUCUUCAAGUCAUUUGUGGCUGGCUCCCUGAGUGGGACCUGCUCCACAGUGUUGCUGCAACCUCUUGACCUUGUCAAGACGCGGAUCCAGUCGCCAACUGUGCUUGAGCACAGCCACCGAGGGAUUCUGUACACCGUUGGUAGUGUCAUCCGUCAUGAGAAGAUUCUCGGUCUUUGGAGAGGUGUCAUUCCUUCUGUCUCAAGAACAGUUCCUGGUGUAGGAUUCUACUUCUGUUCCCUUCACACUCUCAAGACAAAGUUAGGAUGGACAGAUCCCAGUCCUUUACAAGCCAUAUCCCUCGGCAUGGUGGCACGCUGCAUUGCUGGCGGUAUCAUGCUUCCCAUCACUGUCGUCAAAACCCGCUAUGAGAGCAAGGCUUAUGAGUACACGACUGUCAGAGGGGCACUGAAGAGCAUCUAUAGAAAUGAGGGCACAAAAGGCCUCUUCAGCGGAAUGGUUGCCACCCUCAUGCGUGACGCUCCCUUCUCUGGGAUAUAUCUUGUGUUCUAUACACAGACCAAGAAAGCCAUUCCAUCAGACUGGAAAACCCCUCACUUGAUGCCCACUAUCACAUUCUGCUCGGGCCUGUUGGCCGGUGUCCUUGCCUCAGCUGUUACCCAACCAGCAGAUGUUAUCAAAACCCACAUGCAGCUGUACCCUGACAAGCACAAGACAGUUGUUGCCACAGUGCGAUACGUAAUACAGGAAAGUGGAGUGAAUGGCCUAUUACGAGGUAUGCUGCCUAGGUGCCUGAGGAGAACGUUGAUGGCAGCUUUGGCCUGGACUGUGUACGAAGAGGUGAUCGUCAAAUUGGGCUUGAAGUAGCCUCCUCGAAUGGUGCAGCUGCAUGCUCCAGAUGAGGAACUAUCCACUGGAUUCUUACAGAAGGUAUCCUAAAGUGUUGAUUGGUAGAGAGAGCUCUACUGAUCCAAGUGGAUUCUGUGUCUAGAGUGUAGCCCAGGAUAUACAUGUCGUGUUACCCCCUUGACAGUGAACAUGUAUAGUGUUUUAGUGUAUAUAGUGCCCUCCACUGGGCCCACCUAGAACAAAGAUGUGAAUGUCACUGAGAAAUGAAGCUAGUUUGAGACAGCUGUGAAGUGGCACUGGCCAUUGAGUAGAGCUUAACAUUUAGUGAAGCCUCUGAACUAUGACCAGGUGAAGUCAAAACUACAGUGAAGCCAGCAUGCAGGCCAGUAUUUCGGAGCUUUUUGGAAUACUGCAUGAUUGUCUGAACUGUCUUACAUAAAUGUGAAACUUCUGUUUAUGUUCGCUUUUUAUUUGAUUUUACUCGAAUUGUUGUGCAACAUCAAGAUUUUCCUAUCAGUUUAUCCCUGUUAAUACCUCAUACAACUAAGAGUUUUGCCAAAUUGUAUAUAGUACAUAUUUAUGAGAGAUGUUUUACGUAGGGAAAUACAAGUGACAUGCGUUGUCCUUACAGCGCAAAUGUUUGAAUAUACAUGUACAUGUAUAUCAAUGAUACUGCAGUGAGAAAAAGGUAUGGAAAUCUUGGUGUUCAUUUGAAAGCUUUGUAAAUAGUGUGUUGUAAAGUCAUCAGAUGUACACUCAAAUGCGGGUUUGUAACAUUCAGCAAUCCUAUCAUUAAUGUUACAUGUGCCUGAGCACAGCACAGUAUAUAAAAAAAGGAGACUGGUGUUUGCAAUAUUUGCUUUGAUAGCUGCAGUGUAUUCCUGGUUGUUGACAGUGGUAAUUGUUCUUGUCUGCUACUUCUGAUGUAGCCAACUGAUGCAAAGCAGCCUUAGCCAAAACCCGACUGCAGUUUGAACCAAGUCUCUUUUCAAAUCAGGUUGAAAUUCCAUAGCUUGUGCGGUGAAAUGUUUCUGAGCAUAAACGAAAACCCAGGGGAAAAAUUUAUGAAAGUAGAAAGCUGCCACGGUGUUGAUGCUAGCUCCCUACUGGGAAAUUACAUACAUACAUGUAUAACAUGCUCAUGAAUGAUUAAAAACCUGCAAACCAAUUUUGACUCGUAAUUGUUAAGUCUUUGAGAUGUUUAUCAUCUCAAGAUAACUCAUAAGGUUACAUUGUAUAUAAAGUGAAGCAAUCUGUUGGAUUAUUAUUGCUCAGUUGAUGCAGUUACUUAAAGUACAACAGGGCAGUGUUUAAUAGAUAUCAGACCCAUAUUGGCAAGUCUGAUAUAUGAACUUACAGGCCUCUUAAUAGGCACAGUAGUCUCCAAUUUUGUCUUUUUUUUUAGCUUUUUUUUUCCUUUUGCAACUGACCCUGUGAACUUUGUGUCUUUCGCCUCAGAUAUCCAAAUUUUUCUUAAGAAUCAGCUUAAAGCAAUAAUGCACCUUAAAAAAGCCUAUGCAGACUUGUAGCCCUGUUGCAUUAAUUGAACAGGUUGCAACCCUGUACGUUGAAUGUCUUUGAAAGCCUUGAUUUCUUUGGUGUCCAUUGCUAUUACAUUCCCGUGUGCCGACUGACUGAAAGCAGGUUGCAUGUUGGUUCAGCCAGUAUUAAUGUAAAAAAUAUCGAAGAUGGGUUUUUAUUAUUUCUUGAGGAAUGUUUAUUCU